AAAUCAAAUCGUGCGUUCGGUGUUGAGAGGUGAAGGAAAAUGAAAACCUUAAUUAUUCUCUUAGGAAUAAGUGCCACCGCCUCGUCAUUUGGAACUAUACCUUGGCUAACCAAACGUCAAGAAAAUCCAAUAUUUGAUCUCCAGCUGACUUCCGACGACACCGUCAACCGUGAUUUAGCCCAUUUUUUAUCGGAAACUGAGAAUUACGCCGUCUUGUCCGCCAAAGAAUCAUUCGCCGUUCUUAAAAAGAAGGUCAUCGAGGACGCCAGUAAGUUUGCCAACACGAUGGGAAAGCUUUUACAAUACGGCAAAGGUGUUGCGGAAAAUGCCAACAACAAAUUACAGGAAAUAACCGAAUAUACUUGCAACAACACACAUUGUUACUUGUGCGUUUUCGACAAAGCCGAACAAAAGCACCCCGUUAAAGUUUGCUUCCGUUGGACUAUCCUUGAGCACAAUAGCGUGAGGCAGUACCAUCUCUGCGUAAAUGAUAGGUGUGCCCUUAUCAACUACUUUUUCUCAGCGCGAGACGCCUUGUGUGCCAUUUAUCCUCCCGCCCCGGCUUUAUGGGCGUGCUUACGAAUCAAAGAGAUGAACCUGAAAAAGGAGACGUUUAAUUUAUGCUUCUACCUCGAGUUGAACGUGUUGAAGUGGCCUGUUUUUACCAGCCGCUCUUACUGUGUAAAGCUCAGAGAGGAUACUAGUAUGCCUUACAUCGCCAGAUGGAACGAAGACGAGUUGAUUAAAUUUUUUAGUUUCAGUUAAUUCUCUUCCUUAGGCACCCUCAACUCCUGUUGCCCAAUCGUACCAAAUAAUUCAAAUUCUAAAUUUUAUUAAUUAAUCACUUGUAAAUAUGCCUUUAUACACUGUCUGUAUUAGUAAAAAACAAAUGAUAAGAAAAAGUAUAUAGCUUUUUCCGUCAAAUCAACCCUUUUUAAUUUCGAAUUUACCCUUCCUUUAAAACAUCAAAAAAUGUAGGAGAUGUUAUGAAAUGUAAGCAAUUUUAGCCAAAUAACUGCAUUUUGAAAAAUAAAUAAAUAUGAAAUAAUUGGUCCCAUAGAAGUCUUUUAAUUACAAUUCAUUUAGAUAUAUUUUUAUAGUUUAGUUCGUUAAGAAAUGUUUUCAAUGGUAGAAGUAGACCACUUUUUCACACAUGAACACUCUGGAUGAAGGUAUGAUCUUGGUUACUGCCAAGCUUUCAACCUAUUUUAACGUCAUCAUCAGGGCAAAAAAUCUUAAGUUUACAGAUGAUAUAUUUAAGUUAGGUGGCCUCAAUUUUUUUUAAGACCGACUUAGUCCGAACAUUGCCAAGGACUGUAAAGUAUUUCAAUACUGUUACAGUCCUUGGGAAUUUCAUUUGCUCCAUUUGUUAUUAUCGAACCUUUUCCGUAAAAUUAACCCUUUUUCCGACUGACAAUAUUUAAGCAGUAAUCCUUAAAUCCCGGUUCAGGUUCACCCCAGGAAUUCAACGAACUUGAUUAGUAGGCAAUAGCUUUUUUUCCGUCAAAUUUACCCUUGUUAAUUUCAAAUCAUACUUUUACGCAUCAAAUGAGCCAUUCUUAAUUUCA